GCUAAUGAUUGAUUGAUGACAUCAUCAGUGGACAGAGCAGAUAUCAGACUGUCAGUCACAGCGCUCCCUUACAGAGAGAAUAGAGGUCUCUCUGUAUCUGCAGCAGUUGUCGAGUCUAAGAUGAGAUCGACCGGACUUUUUCUUUUCUUGCUGCUUCUUCUCGUUGUUCACUCUGAAACGGAGACAGCCAGAGCUGUAGGUGAUGUGCAAAUCAUGCAGCAGCAGUUAGACGAUGAGGAUCUAUUAUUUACAGAUGAGCAGGAACCAGAGUUGACUACCGAACCCCCCACCCCUCUGGCCACCACAACCCCUGAAAGAGAAGAUUUUCUGGGUCCGCCUGAGUGUCUGGAAAAGAAGUUAACGCGUGCAUCAUGUGACCUGGUGUUUUGUCGUCCUUGGGAGCGUUGCAUCGAAGGACAAUGCUCAUGUAAACCACCUUAUCUGUGUCCCACUGAGGGCACGACCCCAGUCUGUGGGCGGGACAAUAGAAAUUACCGCUCCUACUGCCAGAUGAUGGCUCUCUCAUGUCGGACCAAGAAACCCGCCAUGUCCCACUUUGGGGAAAAUUGCGGAGAAAAUCAUCAGAAGUUCAAAAGUUCAAUAGACCAAGUCACAGGAGUGGUCACGGUCACCAUUCCCAACAAUAGGAGCACUGAAGAUGGGAUGGAGUUUCUGGUGUGUAAGAAGUUUUGGAACAUGGCAGCUGCUAACGUGAUCUGCAAGGAAUAUGGGCAGCGACUUGGUGCCGUGGCCGCUGUUUCCAUUCCAUACAAAUCCCUGACAACAUCCCAUGACAAGCAGCACCCAGACAGCUGUGUUAGCAUCCUCUGCCAAGGUUAUGAGAACUCCCUCGCUGAGUGUGUAAUCUCCAACAAGAUCAACAAGAUUGGCUAUAGGAUGGUCGCGACUGCAACCUGCUAUGAGGCGUCACAACCACCAAAAGAGGAGGAGUGUGGCUUCAAAUGUGUAAACACAAAGUGUGUGCUUCUGAACCAGACGUGUAAUGGAGUUGAUGACUGUGGCGACCGCAGUGAUGAGAUGUGCUGCAAAAACUGCAGGAACGGUAGUUUCCGCUGCAAGACGGGUGUUUGUGUGCAUAAAGAUGCACUCCUGGACGGACAGAUUGACUGUCUGGAUGGCGAGGAUGAAUCAGAGAAACUCAAAUCAGUGUACAACAACCCAGUGCAGAGAUCCCUGAUACCAGAGUACAUCUCUCCCAAAAACGAAAUUAGGGCCAACAGGGUGCAUUUGGAGUCCAAGUUAUACUGCGGGAUUCCCAAUAUUACCACAGUGGACCAUGUGCAAGUGGAAGAACGAGGAAGGACCAGCCGAGUCAAGCGAGUGGUGGGAGGAGUCCCAGCAAACCCGACUCAGAUCCAGUGGCAGAUUGCUCUGGAGGAGAACAGGAAGAUCGAUUGUGGAGGAGCUUAUAUCGGAGGAUGCUGGGUACUCACUGCUGCUCACUGCGUCAGGCCCAACCCCUCAGCGUUCAAGGUGAAGUUUUCUCUCUGGAAGAAGUCUAGAGCUCAGGACACGACUGACAUUGUUCCUGUUGCAGACAUUCGCAUCCACCCCAGGUACAACGCCAGCACCUACGAGAACGACAUUGCUCUAGUUCAACUGCAGAAGCUUCCGUUCAAGGAAAAAUGUUUGGUGGACAACCCAGCAGUCAGUGCCGUCUGUGUUCCCUGGUCUACCCAACUCUUUCAACCCAACCACACCUGCAGCAUCUCUGGAUGGGGACGAACCGCUGAUGGCAAAGCAGCUCAGGUGUUGCUCUGGGCCAACGUAUCCCUCAUCGCCAACUGUCAGACAUUCUACAAAGGACGCUUCAAACCUGGCAUGAUGUGUGCAGGUGAUCUGGAUGGCAGUGUAGACUCCUGUCAGGGGGACAGUGGAGGUCCUCUGGUUUGUAAAGAUGAACUGGGGAUUUCCUACCUGUGGGGCAUUGUCAGCUGGGGAGAGAGAUGUGGUCAGCCAGGAUUCCCUGGAGUUUAUACACAGGUUGCUCAUUACUUUGAGUGGAUCAGAAUUCAUACAGGGUGGCCUGCAGUCACCAGGUUCAACUCCUGAUGACACACACACACACACACACACACACACACACACAUUGUACUCUUUCAAUACUUCACCAGUCAUAGUUGUUUGUUGAUUAAAGUAGUCUUUUCUCAGACCUUUACCUUGGCUACAGCUGUGUGAUGAUGGACACUUUGUUUACUGUGAAUUAAAGUUGAAAUUGUAAGGAGUCGAGCUGAAGUGCUUUUAUUUUUAAAUAAUUACAUACUUUAAAUGGCCUAUUAUUUGUUUACUGAUUGUAUCAGUAUUAAAAUACUACCUUCUUAAAAUA